AUAUAAGUAGUUGCGGUCAGCUUCAAGUGCUGUGUGAAAUAAAGCAGAACGAUGAUUAAGAUGAUGUCGUCGUCGAUAAGUCGUGGUCAAAGGAUUGCCAGGGUGCGGUCAGGUCUUGGAAAGGUUACUAUAAUUCGUUCGUUCAGUGACGCGCUUCUAGAAGCCGAGGUACCCGUGCGAUGUCGUUCCCUAGUGUCUUGUCAAACAUCUAAAGACUUUAAGAUUUGUGAUUAAAUCGUCGAUUACUGAAAGAGAGAGACCGAGAAAAAGAAGCAACGAAAAGGACACCACAGAAAAAUGCAGUGCCGCCACCGACUAUUUUUCCUUGCUGUCGUUCUUAUCUCACAACUUUGUAGAGAAUCAACGGCUCUAAAACGAAGUAUAGCACCGGCAACUGUCCAAACUAUUAGAAAAGAAGGCGAGUCUUUGCCUUUACGGCUACUAUGCUCCGACCUGGCGAACAUUUUCUUCAUGUAUCCCAUUAACGUAAUUGAUGAGGGUUCGUUACAUAUCUACAAUUCAAUACACACCGAAAUGAAGAAAACCCAAGAUCAAAAUGGUACCUACUGGUACGAUUUUCGUGGACUGUAUACAGUCUUUUGGAGCAGUGAUCUCUAUAGUUGCUCAUAUAACACAAUUGAGAUCACCAUACGUAAUUAUUCCGACCCAAAUUUUCGGGGCAUGUUUGUUCAGACAAACUCUGAAACGUUUCGGUAUAGGGAACUACCACUUUCUGAAACUUUAGUAGCAUUUGAAGGCGAAAACAUUGUCAUACCAUGUAGACCAACAUCGCCGAUAGCGGAAGUCAGGCUUUCAUGGUACAAUCAAUAUUUCAAAGAAGAUGGCUUGCGAUUUUCUUUCGAUCCAAACUUUGGAUUUACGCUGUACAAAGUCAGGCCACAUGACCGAGGUUUCUACAAGUGCAAAAUCGCUACUGAUCAACAGGUCGCUUAUCGUGUAAUUGUACGGGAUGUAGUCGGGGAAUUCGGUGUUAUUCCCACGAAGAAUACAGUGGUAGAGGGCGACGAAUGGGAGCUGAUCUGUGCUGCUUCGAUUUACAAUUAUUCGGACACCUUCGAUUGGAGCAGCGAAAAGGGACUGAUUGUACAAUCUGACAAAAUCUUUAUCGAUCGAGAGGAGACUGAAUUCACGUAUAGAUCAAUUUUGAAAAUACACAACGUGACAAUGAAAGACUCGCAGCAAUAUAUUUGUACAGGGAAGUCCAUGAAAAAUAUGUCUCGGUCUAUUAAAUAUCGUUUGGAAGUGAAAGCUGCACGAGCGCCUGUUAUUACCGAUACUAAUUUGAAAAAAGGCGACAUAAUCAUUAACGACAAUACCCGUGAUCGCAAAAAAGUAGUUCUUAAGUGCUUCGCGGAUGGUUUACCUAAACCGAGCAUCACUUGGUUUAAGGAUGGUGCCCAGUUGGUUAUUGAUAAUGAAAUGUACAGGUUUCUAAAUGAUUCCCAAAAACUUGAAAUAGAAUAUCCGUCGGAUAUUUACAGCGGUGAGUACAUGUGUCGAGUAGAGAAUCGUAUUGCAAAAGUAGAAACUUACCAACGAAUAACGAUAAAUGGGAAAGGAGUACCAAUAGUUCUGAUCGUUUCAGUUGUCGUGUUAACAGUGGUCGUUGUGAUGUUGGUAAUCUACCUCUUAAUUAGGAUUUUUCGUAAAAGGAUAAUGAGAAAGUAAUGAAGCAGAUCUUCUCCCUUAAGAUAACAAAUAGAUACUUCCUAGGGAAAAGUUGAGAAUUAUUAAUGUAGGUGCCAUUAAACGUUCAAAUCGCGACGGUGUUGUCGCCGAAAACCAAUGUACAGUGGUUUCUCCGGAUUUACCGAAUUUCAGUAUGCUCUGUGGAAAAAUGCCGACAAUCUAAAGGAUGGAAAGAUAAUUUUCAACAAAUUAACUCACAAAAAACCUUCACAUCAAUGAAUUCAUCCAAACGAGCAUCCAGAGAAGAUAUUAUAAUUCAAAACAAUUAAUCUCCCAAAGAAGCACACAAAUGUUAUUAAUAAUUCCUUCAAAACAUCGAGAAAUAUUAAUUCUAUCUAUCCCCUUAGAAAUGCUUUUAAAUACAAAAAAAAUAAAAUAUUAAUUUACAGAUAAACCUCUGCAAAUGUAACACUUCGAAAGGAUAUAAAUGAAAGACUCUAAUUAA